AUGGCAUCAUUGAGUCCAUUACUAAAGGAAAUCAUGGCAAAACAUGGAUUGACAGAACUAGCUACUCCUGAAAAAUACAAAAGCCUAUCUGAAGAAGAAAAGAACAAAUUAUUCGAGCUCCAAAAAUCGGUUAUUGACGAGUUUAGGCUUAGAUCUACCGAAGAAAUCAAUAAAUUACAAGAAGAAUAUAUGUCAUUGCAAAGUAAGCCGCCAGCAGCAAAGCCAAUGGCAAAAACACUUCCAGAACCUGUUAAGUUGACAGCAAUCAAUCAAAAACGCGCAAUGAAUCAAAGUAGGAUCGAGUUGAAACAAACAAAAACAAUCAAACCACUUUCAAAAUCCACUUCUUUUGAUGCUGAUACAUUAAACAGAAGAAAUCCACGUGCCAUUAAAGAAGUACCACAAGAACCUCAACAACCUGCAAAAGUUCGCUAUGAUAAUUUAGACCAAAGACCUAGAUUUAAAUUUUAA